GGACUGCAGGCGGCGGCAAUAUUGAUCACGUUAUACCAUCUCUGUAAAACAAAUUGACUCAGACACGAUUUUUUCACUGCAUUGUUUCUAUGACAGCGGUUUUCUGAUGCAGUGUUGUCCCCGUGUUGUGUGGGAGACACUAUAAUAUCUACAAUCGACAUCAGAGAAAUCUGUGCAAACAUUUUUUUUUAAAGUCAACUAAGCUCGGAUUUGAGGGAUAAGAGGUUCAGAUUAUUGACAGCUUCUAAAUCCAUAGGUCUCAAAUUGAUACGAUUUGGUUUUCUUUCUAGAACAAGACCACAACUAGUGGAAACAUGGAGAAGAAGAAGGAACUGCAAGAUUUCAAGAUCAUCCCCGGCAAGGAGGCCGUUUACAUGAUAAUUCGGUUCCGUGAUGAGAUGGAGAUGAGAAUCAGGAACGCCCUGGCUAUCUCCAAACGAGCGGUAGAAAACUACCACGGCAAAAUCAUCGGCAUAUCGGGAGAGUGUAACGUAUAUGAAGAAGACCUAACAAAAUGGCCGUCCAAUCGCCGUAUCCUGGUCAUUUACUUCUCCGAUCAAGCUAACGCCAUAAGGUGGAUUAACAGUGACAAAUAUUUCAAGAACGAUGACUUCCCCCAGCCCAGCGACACUCUGCAGAUUUUCCUCAUCCCUGUCCACUACACUGCCGACAGAGAAAACUUCACAUUUCACCUGCAAGAAUUUGGAAACUGUAAGAACUGGGACAAACUAAACGAUGGCUAUAUUAAACAUGCGGCCAAAGUGAUGGAUACGUUCAAGGUUCAGCAUGGCGCGGCUUAUACGACAGAUGCCGAGGGUCUCCGAUGUUCCUUCGUCAGGAAGGGGAACUUUGUGGUGCUACACAGGUUCCAGUCUGUAGACCAUUUUGAAAAUUUCUACUAUUCCAAAGCCUAUGAAACAUUGAAACAGUUUAGAAGAACUCUUUGUGACUGUAAUUCCACUGUUUUCACCAUUAACCCAGACAUUAGAAACCCUUGAAUUAAUUCUGGGAUUGCAAUGUCCUCAUAGCAAUACGCCUUAAAAUUACCCAACAUCCCAUUGCAAACUUUCUCAGUCCUCAUAUUUCUCAGAUUGUAGAAUUAGGUUCUAUAUAAAUACUGGGUAUUUUAUAACCUCAUUGAAUUGGCUGAUUAACUGACAGAUUGUCACCAACUCUAACUGCUGACUGUGAUAAUCUCUGGUUUGUAUGUUGAAUGAGCCGUCCAUAUUUCUCUCCCCUUGGUGGAGAUUGUUGAUAGUCAUUUUAAUUAUUGUUUUAUAUUGUUUUAAUAGCCUCAGCAAUAUUUGGAUGUAAUGAUUUGCAUUUGAAGGUAACGUUUUAGUUAUUGCUUAUCUUCUGUGAUAGUAAAAAAUCUAAUCAAAUGAAUGAUAUUGUCUCAUGUCAUCACUUUUCUAUGUUGUUUUCUUACUGACUGUAUACCAAAAGUGGCCAUGUUCUUGUACAUGUAUAUGUACAUAUGUUAUAGAUGGUUUUGAUAAUAAAAGAGUAAUGUUU